AAAAAAAAAAAAGAACUGGAACAGGAAGUGCCCGCUGAACAAGCUCAGUAGUUAGGUAGCGUUAGCCAGGCAUUUAACGCAGAAGUUACGAUGGGGUUAUUCGGGAGGACACACGAAAAACCACCGAAAGACCUGAUCAAUGAAUGGUCUCUCAAAAUCAGAAAGGAAAUGAGGGUGAUUGACAGACAAAUUCGAGACAUCAAGAGGGAAGAGGAAAAAGUCAAAAGAUCCAUCAAAGAUGCUGCUAAAAAGGGCCAGAGGGAUGUGUGUGUGAUUCUUGCAAAGGAGCUGAUUCAGUCAAGACGGGCUAUCAGUAAACUUUACGCCUCCAAGGCCCAAAUGAACUCUGUGCUGCUCAGCAUGAAAAAUCAGCUCUCUGUAUUGCGUGUAGCUGGGGCCCUUCAGAAGAGCACAGAUGUCAUGAAAGCCAUGCAGAGCCUCGUCAAAAUCCCAGAGAUCCAGGCCACCAUGAGGGAAUUAUCAAAGGAGAUGAUGAAGGCUGGCAUCAUUGAGGAAAUGCUAGAAGACACAUUUGAAAGCAUGGAAGAUGGAGAGGAGAUGGAAGAGGAAGCAGAGGAGGAGGUUGACAAGAUCCUCUUUGAGAUCACAGCAGGUGCCCUUGGCAAAGCGCCCAGCAAAGUCACAGACGCCCUGCCUGAAAUGGAGCCGGCUGGAGCGACUGCAGCUUCAGAGGAUGAGUCAGAGGAGGACAUCGAAGAGAUGCAGUCAAGAUUGGCAGCUCUGAGGAGCUAAGGUGGCCUGCUUCUCCCCAGUCAAAAGCCAAUUCAGUCAUUCACAGUCAUGGACAGGGACAAUGUUGGUGUAAGGUCUGCAGUACUGAGCGUCCUCUGUGCUUCAUUAUAAUCUUGCCACAUAAUCAACUUGGGUUAACUUUGUGUUAAGACAGGUCUGUAUUUCAGAAAGCUUUUUAGAAUGUUUGAAUUGUCAGCCACAAUGAGAGGCUGCCUUGAUUUUUGUUAUAGUUUUUAUUUUAUUUUAUUAUUUUUUUUAUCAGGCGUAAGUCUUGGUAAGUGCUGAUAUUAUCCAAAGUAUAACAUAACACAGCUGUAUGUUAUGUAAGUAUGGAAAGCCUGAUGUGCCCACAGCUCUUAGUCAUAUUCUUCUGUCCCAAAGUGUGGACCAGUGAUUGAGGUACUUGGGUUUUUUUUUUUGUUUGUUUGUUUGUUUUUGUUCCAAACAAGUGAUGAAACCAAUGUUAAUAGGACCCACCCUGCACAUAAAUGUUCAAGUGCAAAAGUGCAAAUCACAGUCUAGAUGACUCAUCAGAACUUGUCCUAAUCUACUAAAAUCUCUGAAGCAACAUUUAACAGCUAUUGCGUUGAAUUAGUUUACAUUAUCUGAAACACUAGGGGUAAAGGGUGGAGUUUCUGCAUUUGUUAGUUAAUUUUCUGUACAGUCAAAAUGUAUCUGUAUCAUACGUGGUCUUAUGUGUAUACAACUACGCUUGUCAGAAAAAUGCACGCACACUGCACUAACCGGUUUUGUACAGUAAGAUUCAGCCUGUUUAGCGUUUGACUCGGCAUCACAGUGAUUUCCUUCUGCUACUUUCUAGGAAGAUACAGGGAAAAUUAAGUGGUUGGUUAGUGCAGUACUUGUGUAUUGUGGAAUUAUUGUGUGUAUACUUUUCUAUAUGGGUGGGGAAAAUAUGGAAAUAAACUUUUAAGAACAAA